ACGGAAGAAGAAGAAGUAGUAGAAGAAGAAAGAGUAGAGGUGCCUGAAGCAGAAGGUGGAGUGCCAGAAGAGGGGGCAGGUGAUGAUGAUGAUGGUGCUGAGGUCAGGGUGGCUAUGAAAAGGUCUCUAGCUGGGGCUGCCACUUAUAGAUGUUCAUUUAAAAAUGAAUGGACAGUGAAAUGGCCAUUUAUAACAGUAGGCACCACCAGCUCGUACUAUUGGUGCUCUCUCUGCAGGCAAGAGAAUUCUUGUUGCCAUCAAGGCGUAGCAGAUGUGCAGCGGCACAUUAAAAGCAAAGCGCACAUAUCAAAAGAACAGGCACUGCAGUCCACUAGCAGAAUUGGACAAUUUUAUACUCCAGUUGCUGUUGGUGGCAUGACAACGCAGGAGUCCAAGGUAUGGUCCUGGUCAGAAAGUUUUCUUUCCCAUCAUGUCUGAUUAUAAAAAAACCCUAUAUAUUAUAUUAUACUGUAUAUUUAAAAUAAUUGUGAAUAAUUACCAUUAUUUUCUGUUUAAGACAAGGAGAGCUGAAGUGAAAGUGGCUGUGGCCAUGGUGCAGCACAAUGUGCCAUUUGCCGUCACAGACCAUUUGAGUCCUUUGUUGAAGAAUUGUUUUAUUGACUCCCCCACUGCACAACAAUACAAGUGUGCCAGCACUAAAACAACCUGCAUUAUAAAUGAAGCUGUGGCACCACACUUCAAGGAGGAGCUGGUCAACAACAUGAAAAGCAAUCCAUUCACGCUUAUUACAGACGGCUCCAAUGACACAGGUGUUAUAUUGACAGCCAAUUGAGAUCUUUUUACAGUACACAUUUUUACAUGUCAGGGGUAGGCUUAUGUAAUUUGUCUAAUGCAAUGUUUAAACUUAUAGGACGUGAGAAAAUGAACCCCCUUACUGUCCGGGUCUUUGAUGGCCAGACUGUUGUGCACAGAUUCCUGGAUAUGUGCACAACAAGUGGGCAGCGCUGUGGUACUGCGGAGGCCAUAUUUCAGCAGAUAAAUGCUGCCCUUGGCAAAAAUAACAUCCCUUGGAGCAACUGUGUUGCUUUGUCUAUUGAUAAUGCCCCAGUAAACACAGGGGCCAGGAAUUCCAUUGCCUCCAGGAUACUGGCAGAGAAUCCCAGUGUAUAUAUCCAUGGGUGUCCAUGCCAUAUCGUGCACAAUACAGCAAAACAUGCUGGGCAGGGUUUCAUGGAAGUGUCUGGAUUUGACCCCGAAGACCUGGCUUUUGAUGUGGGGCACUGGUUUCGAGGCAGCACCAACCGCAAAGGCUACCUCACAGAAUUCUGUGACUUGCAUCAGUCAGAGUAUAUGGAGAUCUUGUCGCACAUCUCCAUCCGUUGGCUGAGCCUGGAGCGGUGCUUGACUCGUAUUCUGCAGCAGUCUAAGCCACUGUGCAGCUAUUUCCAGUCAGCCAAUGAGAAACAGCCACGAUUCACCAGGCUUGCAGGUGCCUUCUCUGACCCAAUGACAGAGGUAUACCUCCUGUUCUAUCAGGCAACAUUGCCGACCUUCACCUCCCUGAACCUCCUUCUUCAGAGGGACAAGCCAUCCAUCUUUCUUCUCUAUGAAGAGAUGACCAGGUUCAUCCGCAAGUUGUGCGGAAGGUUCUUGCAAGUCCAGGCAUUGCAGGGCACAGCUGUGGAGGACAUCAAUUACAACGAUCCAUCCAACCAACUGUCUGGACAAAAGCUGAAUGUUGGCUUCACAACCAGGACAACCCUCAACCGGCUCCUGGAGGCAGGCGAUAUCACCCCACAGCAGAUGGAGAGGUUCCACCAGGCUGUACUGGCAUUUCUGAUUGGUGCAGUAGAGUAUGCCAUGGCAAAGCUGCCGUUCAAGGAAAGUCUGCUGAAACAUGCCAGAUUUGUUGACUUUCAGCAGAGAGUGGACUGCGAUGUCAGUGAUGUGGCUUACUUUGUGGAAAGGUUUCCCAAACUGCUUCCAUUUGGAGCACCAGAGGAGCAAGACAGGCUGGCAGAGGAGUUCCAGGAAUACCAACUAAUGGAGGUCCCGGACUCCCAGCAGGAGGUCGAAGCUUUCUGGGAUGACCUGUCCUCCCUCAAGAAUAGGGUGACUGGAACGCCCAGAUUUGCAAGACUGACUGCAGCAGCUAAGCUGGUAUUAAUACUACCACACUCAAACGCGGAUGCAGAGAGGGUCUUCUCCAUGGUAGGGUUAAACAAAACCAAAACCAGGAAUUCCUUGGCUCUGGACGGAACCCUCUCAGCUAUAAUGACCGUGACAGUGGCUAGCAUUGAGCCCAAUUGUUUCAAAUGGGAGCCCCCAGUGUCAGUCAUUAAGGCAUCGAAAUCGGCUACUCACAAAUACAACACCCAACAUCGCUCAUAAACACACACACACACACACA